AUGAUGCUUUACAUGUCUGCUAAAGUUCUGGAGAACCAGUUGGAGCACAGAUUGGAAGCUGUCAAAUAUACUCUCACUUGUUACCCGUGGAACCUUGUGCACAUCGCUAAGUUGAAAAAAGAGAUGGCAGACAGUUUUUCUUGUUUCCUGAAGGAAGUCUUCAAAUGUUCGGUCAUGGAAGGCGACACCAUUGUAUGUUUAGCAAGCUACGGCGUCUCCACAAAGAAAAUACUGGUUCAUGGUGACCGAAAAUUGACGGACGUGUUGGAGUCCCUGAGAGAGUCAUCGUUUGCUGGGCUGGUAACGGAAUUCUUGCUGGUGCAGGUACUCGACCAAGACUUGAACAAAUAUGUUGACAUGGAUGAAGAUACAGUGCUGCAACAUCGCUCAGAACUUAAACUUGUUGUUCUACCACAGGGUGUGGGAACGACAGACACAGAAAAAGCGAAAGAAACAGCUGCUAGCGAUGUUAUGCCAACACCCGCAAAGUACAGCGGCAAAAUGUGCAGACCUGCUGCUCAGCAACUCGUAAGGCGCCACCCUCAGCUGAGAGAUUUGUCCCUUGAUGGUUGUGGUUCAUGGCAUAUGUCACUAAGGAACAAAGGAAAAAAUGUGAGAAAGGCAAUGAGUGGCGUUCCAGAAGUCGAUGCGACAAGGUCGAAAUCUAGUAAGAAAUCGAAUGACUGUACUUCACUUCCCACGAGCACCUCUGCCACAUCUGUCUGUGUGCCAAGAAAUCCUCCAGCUCCUGGCAUAUAUGGGUCUGGUGAGGACGAGACCACAAUAAAUGGACAUUUAUCGCUGAUGGUCAAAGAAAUGAAAAAGCAUGAUUACUCAGAAGAAAAGAUAAAGUUUGCCAUGAACUGCACCUUUACAGCUAGACGCAACUGGAUCGACUCCGGGAACGUUUUAGUAGCAGAUGUGAUUGAGAAAUAUCCUGCUCUUAAGACGGAUGCAGAGAUCCGGAACGAGUUCAAGAAACUGACUGGUGUUGAUGCAGACGCUGCAGUACUGCAGGUCAUACAGACUUGCGGUCAUAAAGUGUUGGAUAUUGCUUCCAAGAAAAGGACUUUGAAGGAUGAAGUCAAGCGUAUGCAGGAGCACAUUAAGAAACUGAAAGGGGACGAGCAAAAAUACUGCUUUGCCGUUGCUGUGCUGCAGUGCUUGCCAGGUCUAGUGAAGGAACUUUGGAACCGGUGGCUUAUGUAG